UUUUUCUCGUUGAUAUUGAUGGCUGAAGUUUCAGAAGAUCCCAAGUUUACUUUGAGACUUUUAGUUGAUGAAGAGAAGAACAAGGUCUUUCUGGCUGAGGCUGGUAGAGAUUUUGUGGAUGUACUCUUCAGUCUUCUGACACUGCCAAUGGGCACCAUUGUCAGAUUGAUCGAGAAGCAUCGAAAAUGUGAGCUUGGUUGUUUUAGCAACCUCUACAAAAGCGUUGCGGACGUAGGCAUUGAGAAUUUCGAGACUGAAGCUUGUCAGCAGAUAUUGCUUAACCCAAGGAGUGUAAAGGAGAUCCAGUGCAAAAGGCUUAAGCUCAACAUAAACCCUACUGAUGAUCUCAAGUACUUUAAGUGCUGCAUGUUCUCAGCCUGCAACUUGUGCACUAACUUUAGCGGCUUUGAGUGUGUAUGUGGAGAGUUGAUGGACCAGGAAAUUGAAUUAUCUGAAGAAGAUCAAGUAGCAGCAGCAGGAGGUAGCAUACAUAAUGGUGUUGAUGGAGUGUUUGUCAAAGGCAGGUCUUCAUUCAUCAUCACCGACGACUUUCUUGUCUCUGUUGGUUCUACUGGUCUUGUCUUGGAAACGCUUAAUCGUCUUGGAUGUUCUGAUGUUAGUAAGCUUGCUGAACGGUUUCUUCAUAUUGGUCUCGCAGAGAUUUUGACUCUUCUGGAGUAUAUGUUCUUUUCAAAUACUCCCUUGACUAGCACUUUCUUGAAGAAGCAAAGUCCAGAUAAUGUGUACAACAUACACAAGCUUUUGAGUCCAGGUGUGAAGGUGAAAACAGAUGAUGAAAAACCAGAAUUUACUUUUGAAUUGGAUGCAAUUGUAAGGAAGCAGGACAUGAAGAUUUUAUAUGUUGAAUGUGGAGAAGACUUUGUUGACCUUCUCUUCACUUUUCUGGCUGUCCCUCUGCAAUUUUUAUGUGAUAGCUCUUUAGGAUGCAUUGGAAAUUUGAGCAGAAGCUUCAAAGAGUUGAGUGUUGUUGAUACAGCUUCCAAAUGUGUGCUUCCUUAUUACUAUAAAUGUCAGAAGCAGUUGCCUCAUAUCACCACUGAAGAACCACCAGUUUACUACCGUUACCGGAAUUCCAAUCCUCGUCAACCGGACUAUAGUUUGACCACAGAUCCUGACCAGACUCUGCUCUAUCGAAAGGACAAACUAAUUCCUGUGACUUUGAUUGAUCCAAGAUCUCUUUGUAAAGAUCAUUCAGAGAAUGAUAGUGGGUUUAUGAAGAGAGGAACAAGGUUUACAGUUACUGAUGAUCUGAUCAUCACACCUAGGAAUUCGUUGAGUACAUCUAUUUGCCUUCUGAAGAAGUUGAAGAUUCAGGCAGAUGAUCUGGAGGUGCAAGUAAUUAGCAUCCGUGAAGCUGAGGCAAUGAGUCUGAUGAGAGCUUCCUUGUUGACAUCCUCUGCUUUGAACUCUGCUUUUUGGAAUUUGAUUGCGAAGAAGAUCAAGGUAGAGACUUGAAGGAACUGAGAGAGGGUCCUAUGAGAUUCAGUUGCUGUUGCUUCUUUAUUAUGAUCUGAAAAGACAUUGUUUAAUCCAUGAUCUUCAACUAUUUAAACUCCACAUUGUUCUAUCUUUUCUGUUUUUGCUAGUUUUCCUUUGGUUUCUGUAGACUUGAACCUUAGCUGAACAAAGAUUGAUGUUUUCAAGACAGACUUUGAAUCCUUUUCA